UUUGCCACUCAUCACAUGAUUGUCACAUCAGUCAUAUUUAGCGAUUGUGAGCUGUUUUGAGUUGUGUACAUCUUCGCUCCGUCAUGUCUGGGAUCCUAGAUAACUGUCAGAUCCCGAAGUGUGAUUGUAUCGAACUCGGGGAGAGAAGGAAUGCCGUCGUGGCCAUCAUUUCAGGGGUGUUGUUCUUUACUGGCUGGUGGUGUGUCAUUGAUGCUGCAGCACUGGUUCCGGACAACGCUGACUUUAACCAUGCAUUUCAUACAUGUGGGGCCAUAGGCACUGUGGCAUUCUUUAUAAUAAAUUCUGUAUCAAAUGGACAGAUCCGAGGGGAGGCUUACACAACGGGGUGUAUUGGACAGACAGGUGCCCGUGUUUGGCUGUUCCUUGGCUUUCUAUUGUCCUUCGGUUCUCUCAUCGCUGCAUCGUGGAUUCUUUUUGGAUUCUAUGUUGUACAAGGUGAUCAACAAUACCAAUGGCCAGGAAUAGCUAUCUUCCUGCAAAAUGCACUGAUAUUCUUCAGUUCCUUGAUGUUCAAGUUUGGCAGGACUGAAGAUUUGUGGGGAUAGAAAUUAAUGGGCAAGAAAGAACCAAAAACUCUGAACUAUGACUGCAGUUUUCUAGUUUGUGCAUAUGCUUGUUCUGAAAAAGGACAACAAAAGACACCUUUCUGGAAAUGUAGAACUUUGCAGAGCAUAACACUGGAAAAACCCCACAGAACAUAACACUGGAAAGACCCUACAGAAAAUAACACUGGAAAGACCCUACAGAACACAACACUGGCAAGACCCUACAGAACAUAAUACUGGAAAUACCCUACAGAACAUAACACUAGAAAGACCCUACAGAACAUAACACUGG